CCCACAGGCCCACAUCGUCAUGGCUCCUUUAUUAACAAACAGACAGGCCGAGGAGCUGUGAGUAUGUCCUAUGCUAGCUGGUGCUGGCUGAAGCUAAAUUUGCGUGCAGACACAAGUCAAUGAUAGCAUAUUUACUGGCGAAUGAACUACCGGACACGGCCGCUGCACUCAGGAGAGAGGUGAACUUAGGGGAUGAUGCUUUUGAUGCAACUACAGCGAAAAGGUACGAAGGAAUGCUGGAGAAAAAAUGGACAAGCAUUGCCCGCUUACAGAAAAAGAUAAUGGAGCUUGAGUCCAGAAAUGCGACACUCCAAUCCGAGCUCGAUAACACAACGCCCGCCUCCCGAUUAAAACGCAACCAAGAUCCAACUUCUUGGCUCCCUACUACUGCGCGCUAUUCAUUAGAGUCUCAUCGAGAUAAAAUAAAUUGCGUUGCUUUCCACCCAACAUUUUCUUCCAUUGCCUCCGGCUCCGACGACUGCACGAUCAAAAUAUGGGAUUGGGAACUCGGGGAACUUGAGCGGACCCUGAAGGGCCAUACAAGAGCAGUCCGGGAUAUCGACUACGGCGGCCCGCGGGAUAAUGCCCUUCUGGCAUCCUGCAGCUCCGACCUGUCUAUUAAAAUCUGGGAUCCGGCCGAUAAUUAUAAGAAUAUCCGGACCCUGCAAGGCCAUGAUCAUAUCGUCAGCGCGGUUCGUUUUAUACCAUCGGGAAACUUGCUUGUUAGUGCAAGCCGAGACACGGACAUGAGAGUCUGGGACGUCACAACCGGGUUUUGUGUGAAGACCAUCAAGGGCCAUACCGACUGGGUGCGGGAUAUUUGCCUCUCGUCUGAUGCGAGGUUCCUUCUCUCUACUGGACAUGAUAUGACCUCUCGCUUAUGGGAUAUCUCUACAAUAUCGAAUAUAGAACAUGUACGAACGAUGGUUGGCCAUGAGAACUACAAUGAAUGCUGUGCGCUCGCACCUCCUACCUCCUAUCAGUUCCUCGCCCCCUUGGCCGGACUAGGGAAACGUCCGUCUGCAAACAGCACCGACUUUAUGGCUACGGGGUCGCGGGACAAAACCAUCAAAAUAUGGGAUACUCGCGGGACCUGUCUCAUGACGCUAGUGGGUCAUGAUAGCUGGGUUCAGGCUCUUGUCUUUCAUCCUGGGGGAAAGUAUCUCCUUUCGGUAUCGGAUGACAAGACACUAAGAUGCUGGGACUUGAGCCAACAGGGAAAGUGCGUGAAGACGCUCGACGCUCAUGAAAGCUUUGUCACCUGUCUCCGAUGGGCUCCAGGAGUGACCAAGAAUAGUGUGUCGGGCGUAGAUAGCAGCGCAACCGAUGGGAAAGGGAGCGACAAAGAAUCAAGGAACGGGGCUGGUGGUGAGAGUAAAAUGCGCUGUGUGGUCGCAACGGGGGGGUGGGAUCGGAAGCUCAAGAUCUUUGCCGGUUGAAAAUGAUUAGGAGGGGGAGGAUAAGAUC